AUGGCGCGUGGACAUCAGAAAGCGCUUUCUCAGCAGAGAAAUGCGGAAAAGCAAGCGAAAGCAAAAAAGGCUGUGGUGAGUGGAGUUGGCAGAGUUGAAAAUACUUAGAAACACACGUUUGAGCAAAUUUAAUAUUCAGGGUAGCGACCAGAAGAACGCCGCUAUGAAGUCGCUUCAUCACAAAUGCACCGUUUGCAUGGUACGUUUCGGCAACUCAUUUCUGCUCUAAUAGUCCCUUAAAACAUUUUCCUUGUCUUUCACGUAACCCCGAUCUAUGCGCUGUUUACGAGAUUUUGUAUGAUUUCGGGUUCAUUUUGAUUGGGUUUUGUGAUUUUCGUAGCUGGUAGAGGAUUAACUGGUGUCUACCAGACGUAGCGUACGUUUAUCUGUCAACAAAGCAUGAUGACGUCUGAUAGCGUCUGGGAGGAUGCUACUUUCAGACAAUGUAAUUGGAGUAUGAUGUUUUUUGAACUUUCUCCACGCCAUUAAUUACUGUUCUUUUUUCAGUCCAUGAUGCCGGACCCAAAAACAUACAAACAACACUUCGAGAGCAAGCACCCCAAGAGUCCAAUUCCGCCAGAGCUGGAAGGAGUUCAGGCAUAA